UCUCUACCCUGUUCGUGUUGCUGGCUCCUUUCCCCACAUGGAUCUAGUCGGAGUGGCAUCUCCUGAACCCCGGCCGGCAGCAGCUUGGGAACCCAGCAAGUGUCCUUGGGCUACCUCUCAAAAUACAAUGUCUUGUUCCUUGACUGAUGUAAUGAGUGAACAAUUGGCUAAAGAAUUACAGUUAGAAGAAGAAGCUGCUAUGUUUCCUGAAGCCGGUGGUGUUGCUGAAGGACCAUUUAUUACUGGAGAAAACACUGACACCUCCAGCGAUCUAAUGUUGGCUCAGAUGCUGCAAAUGGAAUUUGACCGAGAAUAUGAUGCUCAGCUUAGGCGUGAAGAAAAAAAAUUCAAUGGAGAUAGCAAAGUUUCCAUUUCCUUUGAAAAUUAUCGAAAAGUGCAUCCUUAUGAAGACAGUGAUAGCUCUGAAGAUGAAGUUGACUGGCAAGAUACUCGGGAUGAUCCUUACAUACCAGCAAAACCAGUUCCUACUCCCAAAAAGGGUUUUAUUGGAAAAGGAAAAGACAUCACCACCAAACAUGAUGAAGUAGUAUGUGGGAGAAAGAAUACAGCAAGAAUGGAAAAUUUUGCACCAGGGUUUCAGGUGGGAGAUGGAAUUGGAAUGGAUUUAAAACUAUCAAACCAUGUUUUCAAUGCUUUAAAACAACAUGCCUAUUCAGAAGAACGUCGAAGUGCCCGCCUCCAUGAGAAAAAGGAGCAUUCUACUGCAGAAAAAGCAGUUGAUCCUAAGACACGUUUACUUAUGUAUAAAAUGGUCAACUCUGGAAUGUUGGAGACAAUCACUGGCUGUAUUAGUACAGGAAAGGAAUCUGUUGUCUUUCAUGCAUAUGGAGGGAGCAUGGAAGAAGAAAAGGAAGAUGGUAAAGUUAUACCUACAGAAUGUGCCAUCAAGGUAUUUAAAACAACCCUUAAUGAGUUUAAGAAUCGUGACAAAUAUAUUAAAGAUGAUUUCAGGUUUAAAGAUCGCUUCAGUAAACUAAAUCCACGUAAGAUCAUCCGCAUGUGGGCAGAAAAAGAAAUGCACAAUCUCACAAGAAUGCAGAGGGCUGGAAUUCCUUGUCCGACAGUUGUAUUGCUCAAGAAACACAUUUUAGUUAUGUCUUUUAUUGGCCAUGAACAAGUUCCUGCUCCUAAAUUAAAAGAAGUAAAACUCAGUAAUGAAGAAAUGAAGGAAGCUUACUAUCAAACUCUUCAUAUGAUGCAGCAGUUAUAUAAUGAAUGCACGCUUGUCCAUGCUGACCUCAGUGAGUAUAACAUGCUAUGGCAUGCUGGAAAGGUCUGGUUGAUUGAUGUCAGUCAGUCUGUGGAACCAACCCAUCCUCAUGGCCUCGAGUUCUUGUUCCGUGACUGUAGAAAUGUCUCACAGUUUUUCCAGAAAGGAGGAGUAAGUGAAGCCCUCAAUGAACGGGAGCUCUUCAAUGCUGUUUCAGGCUUAAACAUCUCAGCGGAUAAUGAAGCUGAUUUCUUAGCUGAGAUAGAAGCAUUGGAGAAAAUGAACGAAGAUCAUGUUCAGAAGAAUGGAAGGAAGGCUGCUUCAUUUUUGAAAGAUGAUGGAAGUCCGCCAGUACGAUAUAAUGAAUAACACCAGUAUCUGCUGCCUUUCAGUGUUAACACAGUGAAGAGCGUAAGCUGCCAAUGGCAUUGAAGUGCUGGGUGACUUGAAAUAACCAAAAAGGAAACAUGAGGCGUGUACAGUGGUGCUUCUGUGUUGGUUUUUUUUUUUCCUUGUAACCCAUGUGCCAGAUAUAUGGAAUUUUUAGCUCAGUAUUGAGAGAAUAAAAUGUUACUACCUCUCAUCUUAUGAAUAGGGUAAUAUAAUCCUUUAACAGCUAAAGGUUAUCUGCCUGAAAUACACCUAAUUUAACAUGGUUCAUGGUCUAGAAUAUUUUCAUGAGAAUUUUUUUAACUUAGGCAAUGUUUCACAAUAUGGGAGGAAAGGACAGAUGUGUUUAUAGGGGAGGGUUUUGUUAUAGCAUAUUUGCUUUUUUCACCUGCCUGUUUUGUGUUGCAUCUUUCCUCAAAUACUUUUUUGACUUAAAGUUAGACCCUCUCAAUUCUUUUUCCAGACUAUAGCUAUGAUUUUAAAGGAAACUUUCUUUUUAGUGAUAAAAAUACAAAGUUGGUUCCACAGCAGCUGAUGCUAAUAGACAAAAGCAAUAUACUUUGUAUUGGUACAUCAUGCAAAGGCACUGAAUGGCACUGUUUCUAUACCUUGAUCCAAGAAAGGUAUACAUUUCUGACAAAAGAUAAAUAUGUAAGAAAUUCUCACCUGUCCAAAAAAAAUUUUUUUUAACUUUCAGGUUUUCUACAUUUAAUUAAAAUGUUCAGGAUAUAACUCAGUGUAGCUGCUUUGCAUGUAUAUUGAAAAUAUAAAUUCUUUGGAAGGGCAGAAUGUAAGAUUUUAAGUAAUGUUAGAUACAUUUAAAAGAAGUUAGUGAAACAAAGUUAAUUUCACUCAAACUAUGUACUUACUGACUUUGAGAGAAAUAUGGCAAGCAAGUUAGAAAUAUUAAAU